AUGGAGGGGCUGUGGCGCGGGUCCCCCGUGACGCCAGUGUCAACUCACCCAUCUCUAGCCUGGUCUCAGCAGCGGAGGCAACAGAGGCGGUGGCGGCGGCGGCGGCGGCGUUGGCUCCGCGGCCCCCGGAGCCCCAGGCUGGGAGAUGCUGGCUUCCGCCGCAGUCUCUCGUCCCAUCCCGGGAUCCGGUGGCGGCUGCAGCGGGCUCCAGGCUUCGCGGGCGUCGCGGCCCCGGCCCGGCCCCUAUCCCCGCCUCACGCCCCACCUCCACCCCUUCCCGCGGUGCAGGCACGGCCGCCUGGCUGCACCCUGGGCUGCGGCGCGGGGAAGGGGCCCCUCGGGAGGCGCGCGUGGGGCGAGAAGGGUGCCGAGGCGAGACCCGAGCGUGGCGAGCAGAGGUGCUGGCUCCCGCUGGGUUCCGCGGCUUUGGACCCCGCCUCACCCCCCACCGGAGCCCCCUCCUCUCUGUUCGCUGCGCGGCGCUGGGCCUGGGGGGGGGUGGCAGCUACCAAAAGGCGGAUCCUCAUUGCUGGGGUGUUGUGGCCAGGCGGGUUUGGCCUGUCUCCGGCGCUAGUGUUGGGCUCGGGGGGUAGUGGAAAGGGAGGGCGGGGUGAAGUCUCUGUGGAGCCCGCAGGCUUCACAAUGAAGAGGAAUUGGGGGUUCGGGAGGGAGAAGGGCAUGUCGCCCUUGGGCUCCGCUUCUGGCUUGCAGAGGCAGGGCAGGGGCGUUGGGCAGAAGAACAAUGGAAUUGACAACUUGCUGCUGGGUUACCAUGUCCAAGACAGAGAUCUCAGAAAGAUCCACAAGGCUGCCUGUGUGGGCAACGCAGCGCAAGUGCAGCAGAUUCUGUUCUUCGCGGAAAAUGGCGUGGAUGAUAGAGACAAAAUGAACAGGACUGCUCUCCAUUUGGCCUGUGCCAAUGGCCAUCCAGAAGUGGUGAGCCUCCUAGUAGAGAGGAAAUGUCAUCUUAACCUCUGUGAUCAUGAAAACAGGACAGCUCUCAUGAAGGCCGUACAGUGCCAGGAAGAGAAAUGUGUAAACAUACUAUUGGAAAAUGGUGCCGAUCCAAAUAUUAGGGAUGUGAGUGGCAACACUGCUCUCCACUAUGCGGCCUUUGGUGAUAAUAUAUCCAUAAUAGAGAAGCUGCUGCUAUACAAUGCGAAUACUGAAGCAAGAAAUAAGGUAAAGAACUAAUUUAUACAUUAUUUGAAAUUUUAUAUAUAC